GGCAGGCUGAGCAGCGGGCAGGAUUGGCCGAGUGCUCCUACUGGUCAGCCCCUGGCCCUGUCUCCGUGUCCCCAACGCCAGGACCCGUUCAGCUCCUCCCCGAUGGCCACUCCCUCACCCAAGCCCAGUGCCCUCAGCUGCCAUCACAAGCACCCGACGGCCAAGACCCCCCUUUCAUGGCCAGCCCUGGGGAGGCCCAGGAGGAGGAGGGGGAGCAGGAGGGAGGCUCCGCGGGGCCCUGGGCCGCCAUGCUGGCGCAGGCCCAGGAGCUGUUCCUGCUGUGUGACAAGGAGGCCAAGGGCUUCAUCACCCGGCACGACUUGCAGGGCCUGCAGAGCGACCUGCUCCUCACGCCCGAGCAGCUCGAGGCCGUGUUCGAGAGCCUGGACCAGGCCCGCACGGGCUUCCUCACUGCCCGGGAGUUCUGCCUCGGCCUGGGGAAGUUUGUGGGGGCAGAGUCGGUCCAGGGCACACAGCCCUCGGGGGCUCUUGAGGAAACCUUUGAGUCGGGCUGGUCCGAGGGGCCAGGCACGGGGGGCUCCCUGGAGGAGGAGGAGGAAGAGGAGGAGAGGUUCCUCUCCGCGCUGGAGCAGCUGGGGGUGGCCCGGGUCCUGAUCGAGUGAGUCUGCGCUGGUCCUGCCCCAGCUCCCUGGUCUGCAUGCUGCCUGCUAACGUCCCCGCAUGCCUGCUCUGGGCAUGGUCCCAGGCGGGGUCUGGCCCUGCGGUUCCCUCUCAGCUGCCACCACCUGGGCGGGCGGGUGUGAUUUCCCGCAGAAUUUGCAUUUUGGGAGGCAGCAGUCCAGGCUGCUGGGAGGGGU